UUACGCCCAUCUAUAAUUUCACAUUGUUGGUAAUCGCGACAACUAUACAAAGGUUACUUUAUAAAGUAGUACUAGUUGCAAGUCCAUGUGUUGUAUGAUUCAGUACUAGUGUUCCUCAAUCGGUGACAUUACUUCAACUCUAUCUCUUGCAAUGGCCACUUUCAGCCACUCCGGUUCGAACACCCUCGAGACACCGCUUAUCGAUGACACUGUCAAGGAUGCUGUCGACUACGAAGGCCAUCCAGCCAUAAGAUCCAAAACAGGUGGCUGGAGGUCGGCCGCUUUUAUCAUAGGUGCGGAGGUGUUUGAGAGGUUUGUAAACUAUGGCAUUCGCGCCAAUCUUAUAAACUUCCUAACUGGACCGCUGGGACAAUCAACGGCCGCGGCGGCCGCGAACGUGAAUCUAUGGUCUGCAACGGCGUGGUUGCUGCCUGUGUUUGGAGCCUUAGUCGCCGAUUCAUUUCUUGGGCGCUACCGUACCAUUAUUUUGUCUUGUCUGCUCUACAUUCCGGGACUAGGUCUGUUGACUCUGUCGGCUCUACUGCCUUCUAGCGAGUUCAAAUCACCUCUGUUCUUCUUUUCCCUUUAUCUACUUGUAAUCGGACAAGGUGGACACAAACCUUGUCUUCAAGCAUUUGGAGCCGAUCAAUUCGAUGGACAAGAUCCAGAGGAGUCCAAAGCCAAGAGCUCUUUCUUUAAUUGGUGGUAUUUUGGUAUAUGUGCAGGUAUUUUACUAGCAUAUAUUAUAGUAUGCUACGUACAAGAAGAUAUCAGUUGGGGUCUGGGUUAUGGAAUUGUUUUUGUUGGGAUGGUGAUAUCUUUGGUGGUUUUCUUGAUUGGAGUUAGAACUUAUAGAUAUACCAAUAUUAAACAAGACCAAAAGACCCCAUUUGCGAGAAUCGGUAGGGUGUUUAUCGCAGCAUUUAGAAAUCGUCGAACCGCCCCUGAAGAUGAUGAUCAAGCUCUUAAAAUCUUACCUCAACAAAGUUAUGAACAAUUCAAGUUUCUCAACAAAGCCUUGAUUGUCCCAGUUGGUGUGGAACAAGAUGAGAAAAUAUAUUGUACCGUUUCUGAGGUUGAAGUUGUAAAGUCUUUACUUAGACUUUUUCCGAUAUGGGCAACAUGCGUGGUAUUCGCUAUUGUUUUCGCACAAUCCUCAACUUUCUUUACAAAACAAGGAGCUACAAUGUACAGAGAAAUCAUUCCUGGGUUUGAAAUUCCUGCUGCUUCACUGCAGUCUUUUAAUAGCAUCACCAUUGUUCUCUUUAUUCCAGUUUACGACCGCAUUCUCGUACCAAUAGCAAGUUCAUUCACAAGAAAACCCUCCGGAAUUACAAUACUUCAAAGAAUCGGAACAGGAAUAUUGUUAUCAAUUCUUACCAUAGUAGUUGCAGCCAUGGUUGAGAUUAGAAGGCUUAAAACCGCUCAAGAAUAUGGUCUGGUCGAUAUGCCAAACGCGACCGUUCCGAUGAGUAUGUGGUGGAUGGUUCCUCAAUACAUUUUGCUUGGCAUAGCAGAUGUUUUCACCAUGGUUGGUAUGCAAGAGUUUUUCUCAGAACAGGUUCCAACUGAAAUGAGGAGCAUGGGAGUCUCUCUCUACCUCAGUGUUCUUGGUGUGGGAAGCUUACUAAGCAGCUUUCUCAUCUCAGCCAUUGACAAAAUCACUAGUGGGUUUGGUCAAGAUAGUUGGUUUUCUACCAAUUUGAAUCGGGCCCACAUCGACUACUUUUAUUGGGUACUUGCUGGGAUUUGUGCAGUUGGAUUUGUGGCCUACUUGUAUUUUUCAAGAUCUUAUAUUUAUAAAAAAGUAUGAAGAUAAAAUUCAUGUUU